AUGGCGUUCCAGAUAGCCACAGAAUGGCAUGCUGGAGAGGAGGAAAUGCACAAACGUCUACGAGUACCUCAGAACGAAAAUCCAACCUCACCAUACCUUUCACCAUUCGCUGCGAACCUAUUGUCCCGAUCACCAUUACUCGCCCUCGGCACACUCGAUUCUUCCAGCAGACCAUGGACUACAUUAUGGGGCGGAGAGGCCGGUUUUGCCUGGCCGGUCGCGCAGUCUGUCAUUGCUGUAAAAGCUACAAUUGACCUCCAAUUUGAUCCAGUUUCCGAAAUUUUGCUGGGAAAGAAUGCAGAUGGACAAGUCAAACGAGAAGAAUCGCCGGGGAGAAUGGUCGGUGGUCUUGCGAUCGAUCUCGAAUCCAGGAGACGAGUCAAACUAUAUGGUCGGAUGGCUGCAGGCGCAUUGAAAGAGACUACUGGAAAUUCACUGGCGGAAGCCUCGUUAGUCGUCAAAAUAGAGCAAAGUCUAGGUAAUUGUCCCAAGUACCUGAACAAAAAGCACAUCACUCCUCGAUUGCCGAAGCCUACACUGGUUUCCACGACAUUACCUCUUCCUAUAGAAGCAGUGAAUUUGAUAACACGAUCUGACCUGUUCUUCAUCUCGUCCUCGAAUCAUGAUUCUGAUAUGGAUACGAAUCACAGAGGUGGACCACCGGGCUUUGUCAGAAUCCUGGCUAACGAUACUAACGGACUAAUAAUUGUUUAUCCAGAGUAUUCUGGUAAUCGUCUUUAUCAAACGCUCGGAAAUCUCACGACUACACCUCAGGCAGGACUAGUGUUCCCAGAUUUCAAUACUGGCGAUGUCGUGUAUCUGACUGGGAGAACCGAAAUACUUGCUGGGGAGAAGGCAACUAACUUAAUUGCACAUACCAAUCUUGCAGUUAAAAUAUACGUGGAAGAUAUUCGAUAUGUUACUGAUGGAUUGAGUUUUCGAGGCGAAGAGGGUGAACGUUCACCCUAUAACCCAUCCGUCCGGUUUCUAGCUUCCGAAGCCGCUGUCGGGAUCAAAGAUGCGGGCAGUAAGAUGCAUGCUAAACUCAUUGAGCGAAAAAUCUUGUCACCAACUGUAGCAAGGUUUCGAUUCAAAAUUUCGAGUGAAGAUAAAAUCAACCAAUGGAAACCUGGCCAAUAUGUCGCCUUGGAUUUCAAAGAUGAACUUGAUAUUGGCUAUAGCCACAUGCGUGAUGAUGAUCCAAAAAGUUUGAACGACGAUUACAUACGAACUUUUACAGUUUCUUCGUCAAAAGAUCCCACAAAUACAUACGAUACAUUCGAGAUUACAAUUCGCAAGGUUGGGAUUGUCACUGAUUUCCUCUUUCGCCAUAACAUUAAAUCAGAACUGGAAGUACCCCUCAAUGGGUUUGGGGGAGAAUUCUUCAUCGACCAAGGCUCUGAAGGAAAAGUUUCUUUUGUUGCUGGCGGUGUUGGGAUUACGCCACUCAUUGCUCAAGUUCCCGAAUUGGAUUUAUCACGAUUGCGACUUUAUUGGACUGUUCGUUUAGUUGACCUGGGACUGGUUUUGGAUACCUUCGAAAGGUAUCCCAAUCUUAGUUCUCAUGCAACAUUGUUUAUUACGGGUGAAAUGGGAGGCUGUGAUGGUAUGAAUGAAUCAACCGCCGUCAGAAAAUUACGGGAAUCUGGCGCUAUGUUAAAAGAAAGAAGAAUCGAAAAGGGUGAUGUUUCCGAAGAUGCUGCUAAUCGAUGGUACCUAUGUACAGGGACUACCCUGCGUAACACCUUGAUUGAGUGGCUUCAGGGCAAAAACCUCAACUACGAAGACUUUAAUUACUAA